GUUUCUUUUUUCUCCCCUAUAUAUUGUGAUACAAGCUCAGAGACAACCAUAUAUCAAUAAUUAAACCCUAAACAAUUGGAUCGUGUUGAUCUUGCCUUUCAAUCUUUUAACAUGCAGGGCCACAGAAGGUGCUUGAAACUCUUUCUUGCAUUUGCGCUGCUUUUGCUACAGUACGCCAAAGGAGGAGAGGUGGACCACAGUCAGAAGGAUACUAACGUGACCAGAAGGUGCAAAGAGAGGGAGAGGCAAGCACUCCUUGCAUUCAAGCGUGGCCUGGUGGAUGAUCACAAUCUCCUCUCUUCAUGGAGUUCCGAAGCCCAGAAACAAGAUUGUUGCAGAUGGAUAGGAGUCUCUUGUAGCAACCAAACAGGUCAUGUUGUUGGACUUGAUCUUUCAAUCGAUGUUCUAGGCGGAUUUGACAUUUUGCGAGGUAUGAUGAUUAGUCCUAAACUGAUUGAGUUGCAGCAUUUACAACAUUUGGACCUCAAUGAGAUUAAUUUCACUGGGAGCCAAUUUCCAAAUUUCAUUGGUUCUCUAACCAAUUUAAGAUACCUUGAUCUGUCUUCGACUAAUUUGGGAGGCAAGUUUCCAAGUCAGGUUGGAAAUCUUACGAACUUGGUGUAUCUGGACUUAAGGGGUAAUGACUUUACAAAUGUAGAAAAUCUCGAUUGGCUUCCUCUUCUUUCGUCAUUAAGAUAUUUGGAUUUGAGUUUCACGAAUCUCAGCAAUGUUUUCAAUUGGCCAGAAGCCAUUAAUAAGCUUCCUGAACUAACAAACUUGACACUAUGGGCGUGUGAUCUUCAUUCUCCAAUUCUUUCCACUCUUUCCUACAUAAACUCUUCUAAAUCUCUUGCUAGCGUUGACCUUUAUUCCAACCGUUUGAAUACUUCUUCAAUAUUCGUAUGGUUGUCCAACUAUAAUACCAGCCUUGUUCAUCUUGACCUCUCUUGGAACCUUCUAGCCGGUUCAAUUCCUGAUUUUUUUGGAAACAUGAGCUCUCUAGUACAACUUGAUCUCUCUUUUAACCAACUCGAAGUAAGGGACCCGCAUUCUUUUGCCAGGUUAUGUAGUUUGCAAGAAUUGUAUCUCUCAAGCAAUAAUCUGAGUGGACAACUUUCUAAAUUUGUUCAAAUAUUAUUCUCUACUUGUGCUCAAAACUCAUUGGAGAUUUUGGAUCUCUCUGGGAAUGAUCUUGCAGGGUCAUUACCUGAUCUUACACACCUUUCAUCUUUGGUAAGCUUGACUAUUAGUUACAAUCAAUUAAGCGGAGGAAUACCUGAAAGUAUUGGGCUAAUGUCGAAGCUCCAAACUAUUGAAUUUAACAUGAAUUCUCUGGAAGGAGUGAUUUCAGAAGCUCAUUUCUCAAAUCUCUCCAAAUUACAAUAUUUGGAUUUAUCUUCUAACUUGCUAGUUUUAGACUUCCAUGCUGAUUGGAUUCCUCCUUUCCAAUUGGACAUCAUAAAUUUGAGGUCUUGCAAGAUGGGUCCAGAUUUCCCAAAGUGGCUUGAAACUCAAAAAAAAUUCUCAACGCUUGAUAUUUCUGAUGCUGGAAUUUCUGACAUCUUUCCAAGUUGGUUUUGGAGUUUAUGUCGUAAUGUGAUACUUGUGAAUCUCACAAGCAACCAAAUUAGAGGUACAUUUGCAAAUUUAACAUUGGAAUUUUCACAGUUCCCUACACUACAUCUGAGUUCGAACAAGUUGGAAGGUCCAAUCCCCUCAUUUCUAUCAACAGCCUCAUAUCUGGAUCUCUCUUAUAAUAAACUUUCGGGGUCAAUUUCAUUCCUAUGUUCAAGUGCAGCUAUUUAUUUAGGCUUUCUUGACCUCUCAAGCAACAAUGUUUCUGGACAAGUUCCAGAUUGCUUGACACAUUUGGAGAAUCUAGUCAUGCUUGAUUUGAGUUACAAUGCUUUGUCCGGAAAAAUUCCUGCAACAAUAGGCUCUGUAUUUCGGAUUGAAACACUAAAAUUAAGAAGCAAUAGAUUUGUGGGACAAUUGCCUUCGUCAUUGAAGAAUUGCACAAGUUUAGUAGCCCUUGAUGUUGGGGAUAAUAAAUUAUCCGGACCAAUACCUGAAUGGUUAGGGGUUAGCUUAAAGAAAUUGGUUAUCCUGAUGCUUUCGUCUAAUCACUUCAACGGAAGCCUGCCCUCACAAUUAUGCCAUCUAACACACAUUCAAAUUUUGGAUUUCUCCAUGAACAUCAUCUCUGGAAGCAUACCCAAAUGCCUCACCAAUUUAACUACUCUGGCUCAGAAAGGAAAUUCAAGUCUGAACAUCUCACAUUCUUAUGAAAUUUCUACGAUCAAUUUGGUAGAUUUUUAUGACGAUGAUGCAACCUUCAUGUGGAAAGGAGGAAUGCAGACAUACAAAAGUACUUUGGGGCUCGUGAAGAGAAUUGAUCUGUCAAGCAAUAAAUUAACAGGGGAGAUUCCAAGUGAAAUCACUCAUCUUGUUGGGUUAGUUUCUUUAAACCUAUCGAGAAACCAAUUAACAGGUCAAAUAACUCCAAAGAUCGGAAACUUGCAGUCAUUGGAUUCUCUUGAUUUGUCACGAAACCAUAUAGACGGAAGAAUUCCAACAAGCCUUGCUCGGAUAGAUCGUCUUGGUUUCUUGGACUUGUCAUAUAACAACUUGUCUGGCAAAAUUCCAGUCGGAACUCAGCUCCAAGGCUUUGAUCCCUCUUUUUAUGCUGGGAAUCUUCAACUCUGUGGACCUCCACUUAAAAAGAUGUGUGCUGAUGAAGUGGAAAAAGGUCAAAGUGAGCAAACUGACUUCAUCAACCAAGAGGACAAGGAUGAGCUAAUAACACCGGGAUUCUACAUUAGUAUGGGGCUUGGAUUUGCUGCUGGAUUUUGGGGAGUUUGCUGCUCCUUGAUAUUUUCAAGGUCAUGGAGAUACACAUAUUUGAAGUUCUUGAAUGGUUUAAAUGAUUGGCUUUUUGUGAGGAUAGCUUUGUUGAAGCGGCAAUUGAGGGAUGCUUAAUUACAAAAGAUCAACGCAUCUUCGGAGACAUGUCUUCCCUACAAUCAAAAUGGUGCAAAGUUGCCAUGGACAGUUGGAGUGUCUGAACUCCUUAAUAAGAAGAUUAGAAGAUUAGUGGAUGGGUUGGCCCGAAACUGUUUGUUUUGGUUUGUUGUCGUAAUUAUUCCCUGUUUUGUUUGGAUGUGUUGUCGUUUCCUUUCUUUUGUAAUAUAUGGGCACCCUCUUUGUUUUGAGUAGAAAACUGAAGCUCCCAGAGCAUGACUUGGCAUGUUAGCGGCCUUGCCUCAUUAAUAUGAAACUUAUUGGUGAAGAAUUUGCUCCAUAGUCAA